AUUAAAGGAAUUGAAGAAAAAAAGAAGAAGGCCCAAACAGAGGUGAAAGAAAAAGAUGAGUCAAUGACAUUUGAGUUUGGAGGGCAGAAAGACCCACUUUUUGAAAGUGAUGAGAAAGAGUUUGAUGGUAUUGCGAGCGGAGAAAAGAAGAAGGAAGAUAACGAGAAUGACGAAGACUGUGAAGAAGAGGAGAGAAAGAAAGUAAAUAUAAAAAUAGAAAUGAAGGAGCGGAAAGAGGCAAAGAAGGUUAAGGCAAUUUCGUUUGGGUUUGGCGAGAAAAUUAAGAAGGUAGCAACCAAAAUUGCUGAGACAUCUCCUGUUACAAAAGAUGGAUUAGAAGACGUUAAAAAGGCAAUACGAUUGAUAGAAAACAACAAACUUGAUGAUGCGGAAAAUGGCUUGCGUAAAUGUGCUGAAGAAAAUAUUAAGAGCAAAAACGCGAAGGUGCUCAACACAAUAAGAGCGUAUUAUGUCAUGUGUGAGAUUCUUGAGUUUAAUGAAAUGAAAGAAAGUGAGAGUGGUAUUGUGUUAAAUGAGAUACUAAUGAGUUUGCCAUUAUUGAAACCGCACCGGAGAUGCGCGUUAUUAUAUGCGUUGAGUUAUUUUAAAAAAACAAAAAUGUGUGGGGAGGGGGUUAUCCAGUUGUGUGAGAAGUUGAGUGGUGAGAAAUUUGAAGUGACGAAUGUUAAGAGUGUGUGUUGGAAGUGUGGGAAAGAACGGAUAGGGACAAAACCAUGUGGAUGUGGUGAAAAGAAUAAUAUAGUAUGUAGUGGUAGUGGUAUUUCACUUGGUGGGGAUAGUGUAUGGAAAUGCAAAGCAUGUGGGUUGACGGUGUCUGGAGAAAAAUGUAUUUUGUGUGGCAGUUUUAAAUCAAAUAACGAUGAAGUCGCACAAGUAGUAGUCGAAAAGAAAGAAGAAAUGAAAAUAGAAUCAAAAUCACAAAAUAAUUCGUUAAAUGGAUUCAACGACUUUGGUGGUGAUGUGAAAUUUGAAUUUUCGAGUGGCGGACAAAAUGAGUUUGCUGGGUUUGACAACGCAUUCACAGCAGAUGAUUUCAAACCGCAGCCAAGCGACUUUGAUUUUAAUGAAAAAAUCACCACACCAGUAAAAACAGCACCUACCGACCAAUUUUGUUCAAUGGACGACUUUUUUGGAACGGACUCAAAUCAACACAGUGAUGAACACCAUGAAGACCAAAAAUCGAUUUCGCCACAACCAAAUGUUGAUGAGCAACUAAAACAACAGACUCAACAAAAAGAUGUUUUAUCACCUCUGCCCCAAGAAGAGUCAAAAGUUGAAAAACAAGAAGAAAAAAGAGAUAUAGUUGAACAACAAACGGUGUUUGAACCGAAAAAAGAAGAACAAAAAGUAGAAACAAAGACGGAAGAAAAAAUUGCAGAAUCACCAAAACAAGAAACACUUCCAAAAGACUUCAACUUUGGAAGUUCAGACUUUCAAUUUGACAUGAAAGAGCCUGUAUUUGGCAACGACUUCUCGUUUGGAGAGAUGCCAACCCCGAUUGAGUCAACAAAAGAAGAACCCCCAAUGGAGGAUAAUGUUAAAGUGGAGAAGCAUGAAGAACCUCUUAACUCGUUUGAAGAUUUUAUUGAAAGCCGAACCCCAGAAAACGAAAAACCAAAAGAAACUGACACCAUUUUGGAAGAAGAAAAGAAUAGUACAAUGGCGAAGAAAGGGGAGGACUUUUUUAUGGAUGAGGACGAACCAUAUGUCUACACUCGAAAUAAUCAAAUUUGA